UUCCCCCAGGGUCUCGCGUUCGCAGACUUCUCGCCCGGGAGGAAGGCAGUCGUCCGAGAAGAGAAGCCGAGGUGUCUGCCUGGAACUGUGCACAGGACCGACUGGACGCCCUCAGGAGGGACGAGGAUAUGGAUCAAUUGAGGCAGAUCAUCUCCUUAGUCCAGCUUAUCUACAACCAGUGUGAAGAGAUGAAAUACUGCCAGAAACAGUGCUGGCAUCUAAGAAGCCAUGUCCAUGGCCUGCUGCAGCCUCUGCAAAUACUCCAGGCCCAAGGAGAGAGGAACCUGCCCACCGAGAGAACCACUGCCCUGAAACGUUUCCAGGCUGCCCUAGAGGAAGCUAAGGAGCGGAUAGAUAAGUUCAGCAAUAGAUAGAAGUUUCUAACAGCAGGGCAUGACAGAAUACUCUUCAGUGGAGUGAACAAGAGGCUGAGAGAUGUCUGGGAGGAGUUCUCACUGCUGCUUCAGGUGGAUCAACGGAUGCCUAUUUCAAGCAUCAGCCCAGGAGCAUUCUGGCAACAGGAAGGUCAAUAGGAUGCAGAGGAAGACAGGAAGGUUAUCCAAGGACUGAGAAGUGGCUGCACCAUUCGGAAACACCUGCAGAACUCCACAGAAACAUCAGCAGCACGAGCUUCCUGGUGACUAAAGACUGCGACGUGAAGGCUGUGAUUCCAAGAAGAUCUACCAGCUGGUGGCUGUGGACCGGCACCAGGAGCCAGUGGAUAAAGAUUGCCCUUCACAGUUGCAGGAGAUCAUUGAUGAUUGCUGUGCAUAUGAGCCCUCCAGGAGGCCCUGUGUUAAAGGGAAAUGCUUGAAAAAUGUUUGCUGUCAAGUGAUGUGACGGUAGUUUAGUAGCAGGCAGUUUGUUGCAAUGGUUUGGGAUUGAAGAGACCGCGUAGGUAAGUUCUUUCGCAUGAGCUCUUCAACCCACUGGAGGAUAUACAAUAUAUGAACAGGAUUGUCCCACUCCUCUUUACCGGCUCCGGGAUACUGCGGGCAACAUUUUGAAAUUAUUGGAUUAGCUACCAGCCUUUGGAUAAAGACAUCUCCUUGACCAAAGACUUAGGGAGAAAUAGCAUAAGGCACAGUUUUAAUAUUUUCAUCUUUCCAAAAUGGACCAAGAAAUCUUUCUCUUGCCACUUCCUCUCGCCACAAAAUUCAAAUAAAGAGCGGUAAAGCCGUUCUUCCGCUUUUCUCUUUGGGCGAGAGUUGACGGACGUAGGUUUCUACCAAUUGUACGAGGCCUUCUCGAGCGUGGUCCCGCCUAGUCCGUUUACGAAGGAUCAGCCAAUGAGAGCACCGCUGUUUCAGCCAGUGGCGAC